AUGACUGAAACCGAAGUUGCUGCCGCAGCUCCAGCUGCCUCUCCUGCCAAGGCCACCAAGAAACCGAAGGCUCCGAAGGGAGAUAAAAAACCCAAGAAGCCAUCCACCCACCCGCCAGUCAACGACAUGGUUGUUGCCGCCAUCAAGACCCUGAAGGAACGCAAGGGAUCGUCACUGCAGGCAAUCAAGAAGUACAUCGCUGCCAACUACAAGUGUGAUGUGGCCAAGCUGUCGCCCUUCAUCAAGAAGGCCCUGAAAAGCGGUGUCGAGAAGGGCAAAUUUACCCAACCCAAGGGCACCGGUGCUUCCGGAUCGUUCAAGAUCAAGGCUGAGGAUAAGAAGCCAGCUGGCGAGAAGAAGAAGAAGGUCGCCGCCAAGAAGCCAAAGAAGGCCGCUGGGGAGAAGAAGACCGUGGCCAAGAAGCCAAAGGCCGCUGGUGCCAAGAAACCGAAAGCCGCAGCCGCUAAGAAGCCAAAGGCCGCCGCUGAGAAGAAGGCUAAGGCUGCCACGGCCAAGACCGCCAAGAAAGCCGGCACCGUGAAGAAGGCUGCUGCCCCCAAGAAGGCCGCUGCCAAGCCAAAGGCCGCUGCAAAGAAGCCAAAGACCCCCAAGAAGCCUGUUGCCAAGAAGACUGUGGCCAAGAAGGCUGCUGCCAAGAAGUAA